AUGUGGCCGCGAUCAGUUUUCUUACUUCUCUCCGUCCUGGUCGCCUCUUCUUCAGCUUACUUCAUACACAUCGAUGCCAACGAAGAACAAUGUUUCUUUGAUCGUCUCAUAUCUGGGACGAAAAUGGGACUGAUGUUUGAAGUGGCCGAAGGAGGAUUUUUGGAUAUCGAUGUCAAGGUACGCCUUUUUCUGUUAUUUUAAUUCAUUUCGUUGUUCAACUUGAUGAAAAAAGAAGAUUCGCAGAUUGUCGGUCCAGACAACAAAGAAAUUUACAAAGGAGAGCGUGAGUCUUCUGGAAAAUUCACGUUUGCGGCUCACAUGGAUGGUAUUUAUACCUACUGUUUCGGAAACAAAAUGAGCACCAUGACACCCAAGGUAGAUAAUAGGGACAUCUUUUUGUUUUCAAUUUGUGACAUUUUUAGGCCGUGAUGUUCACCGUUGAAAUCAAUGAAGCUCAUCAACAACCCGUCGGCGCCGCGUCCAAUCAAGAAGCUGGUUCGUUUUCUGAAGUUUUUAUUGAAAAUUUGCAAUAUUUUUUUAAAUCAAAUUUUUCUUUAUCCUUUGUCAGUCGUAGCAUUCAAACUCUACGUUUUUUUUUUGUGAUUAUGAAAAUAACUUUGGAGGUGAAUUUUUUUUUCUGUAAAAAAUUCGUCUUUGAUUCUAUUAGUUUUUUUGACAAGUUUGCUUUAUAAUACGUGUGAAAAUUAAGUAGAGAUGAGUUAUCAAAUUAUAAAUAUGCAAGAAUAGUUAAAUGGAUAAGAUAAAUGUAUAAUAUAUCUCGCAGCUGUUUCGAGUCUUAUAAGUGGACGGCGUAAGAAGUGACUCCCAUCAGCACUGUCCUCCUUGCACUUUCCUUCCUCCUCAAAAGGGAUGAAAAGGAUAAUUUUGCGAUUAUCUUAGGCGCGUAAACAUAUUUGAACGAAGAAAUAACUAAAGAAUUGUAGAUUUGCAAAAACGUUUUGCAGCUGAUAACCAGAAGCUGGAAGAAAUGGUGCGGGAGCUAUCGCAGGCUCUCAUGUCCGUCAAGCACGAGCAGGAGUACAUGGAGGUCCGCGAACGCGUUCAUCGCUCAAGUAAGUAUAUUUAUUUGAUCAUUUUUCUGUAUAUUUCAUAAUUAUGAGAUACUAAGUAAGUUCGUUUACUUGCUCUAGAAAAUUCAGAUCUUCAACAUCUUCAGUAUUUUAAUUUUGCAAUAAAUAAAAAAAAGUUGAGAAGAGACAGCCAAACAUUUUUUAAUCUAAAGUUUUCAAUCUCCUUCUCCAUAACUUGGCGCUCUAACAGUGUAAUACAUGCGUAAAAACAUGAGAAAAGAAUUAAGACACAAAAAGUUUGUAUUUGAUUUUUAACAGGUUUGAAUAUACAUUGACUUUUUUGCAAAGCUUUCCCGGAAUAAAAAAUUGUUUGAGCUUUGAACAAAAAAAUCCCCGUCGGUUACUCUCCAGCUUCUAAUUGUUCAAUGUCUUGUUUCCUUUCUGUUUUCAUUCAGGAAAAUGUAAUUUAUUUAAAUUUCGAAUCUGCUUGAAAUUCAAAUUCAUCGUUUUAUGGACUUUUUUUCAAUUCAAAAAAAGGGAUAGGUUCAUUAAAGUGUCUUUUUCAUUAAAUUAUAAAAAAAGAAAAAAAUUUGAAACUGAAAAACUCAAUCUUUUUUUCCGGAGAGGAUUUAAAAGGAUCCGGUUAGAAUCAUUAGAAACUUAAUUGUUUUCAGUCAACGAAAACACAAACUCUCGCGUGGUGAUGUGGGCGAUUUUCGAGGCUAUCGUCCUUGUCGGAAUGACCCUCGGCCAGAUCUUCUACCUCAAGCGCUUCUUCGAAGUUCGCACCAUGGUCUAG